AUGGCUUUUCGUGAUUGCUUCAGUCACAUAGGUGAGCUUCGCUCCCUUGUACCAGAUAUUACACCCAUCCUUGCUCUUACAGCAACCGCUACCCAGAAAACAAUGGAAAUGGUAAAAUCUGUGUUAAGUCUGAAAAGUGAUAAUUAUACAGUAACAGUUAGUCCUAAUCGAGCGAACAUAUACCUAUAUAAAGCAAAGGUAAACAAUAGUUUGGGUGCACCAUUUGGGUGGUUGAUAGACAUGUUGAAGAGUGAACACGUUCUGUGUCCAAAAGUAAUUGUAUACUGCAAGGCAGUCAAAGAUUGUGGCAAAUUAUUUAACUUUUUUAAAGACUCUUUGCAAGAAUUAGUGUAUGUUCAUGGCAAAGAGCAUGUUGCAGAAAAUAUGAUCAUUGGUAUGUUUCACCACAACACCCUUGAUAAAUAUAAGGAAAGGAUAAUUAAUUUCUUUUAUGUUCCUGAUGGGGUUUGCAGAGUUGCAUUUGCAACAAAUGCAUUGGGCAUGGGCAUUAAAUUUGCAAAUGUUAGGUAUGUUGUUCAUUAUGGCCCCCCUAGAAGUGUUGAAGAUUUUGUCCAGGAAAUUGGUCGUGCUGGUCGUGAUGGUAAAUCUUCCACAUCUGUCCUUCUGUAUCAAGGGAAACAUCUGUGUAGAUGUGAAAGAAAAGUGAAAGAAUAUGCAAAAAGCAACACCUGUUUGCGGUCAAUUCUAUUAUCUGAAUUUGGAGUUAGUAAGCCAGACAACAUUACUGCCCAUGAUUGUUGUUUGGCUUGUCAUAAAAAAUGUUGCUGUGUUGAAGAUGAUUCUUUAUGUAACAAGGAUGUUCCCCUAUUAUUACACGAACUCCAUACUCAAGGGAUCAAGUCUGUAAAUCCUGCCAAAAAGCGUAAUGUUGGAAAGAAUGAUCUUUGCUUGCUUGAAGAGCUGUUAAGGGACUAUCAGAAAGAACUAGCAUCUGGGUGCCCAUCGUUUUACUUGUCUCCAGAGUGCACAACAGGAUUCAGUGACACUCCUGUUAAAGCAGUUCUUUCAAAAGCAAAAUAUAUUUUUACUGUGGAAUACAUUUUAGAGAGUCUACCUGUUUUCAAAUUUGAGCAUGGAGUUGCAAUUCUUCACAUGGUAGCAGAUAUUUUUGAGGACUUUGAAGUAAAUAUUGAUCCUGCAUAUGAAAAGACUACAAGUGAUACCGAUUUUAAUUAUGACUUAGAAUAUGGUGGUAACUAUGGAGGUGAAGGAACAUCAAGUGAAUCUGAUGAAACUGAGGAUUCUGAAACUGAUGUGUAAUGCUAAAUGAUUGAAUAUGUUGCACUGUACAUCGUUGCAUGGUAAGUCUAAAAAUUCCAUUGGUAAUAUUGGUCCAUAUUACAGAUUAAAGUAAAAUAAUUAACACUUAUUUACUGUGGUAGUCUCCAAGAGAGAAAUGUUCAGCAUGUUUUAUCAUCAUGAGACUUCCAAUGUUUCCCAAUUUGAACACCAGAAGUCAAGGGAUCUCAAAAUAAACCAGUUGCUUUCCCAAAGUCACAUUGGGUAAUUCCAGAAAACAUCCAUACCUUCCCCACAGAGAAAAUUGGAAGUUAUUCAAUUUAAACCUCCUACCCCCUUCAGAUGUCCUAAUAUUAUACACUUACUAUUUUCAGAGACAAUUUUUUCUCCCUUCCGGACGGCAGAAAUUUUCUCUGUGGGGGGAGUGUGGAUCUUUGCCGGGACGACCCAUUACAGUAAAUAGGUAUUAACCGGCCAUUAAAUACAUUUUGCCUCAAUGCAACUCAUUAAGCUGUAUUGCACCACCAUUUAUCAUUUUACUCUAUCCAUGGCACAUGAUUGCACUUGAGGGUGCUGCCAUUCAAUGAGCUGAAAUGGCCAAUUUCUCACACACACAAACCCACCAUUUCUUAUUAUAGUUAUGGAAACAAGCAAAUGAAUUACACUGGUACUGAGAAUACCUAAUUGAAGAAUAUUGUAAUGUUCUAACAACGUGUAGAGUGAUUAUGUACGUAUCAAAUUUUUGAAUCAGAAGUUCAGUAGUAUCAGAAAAGCAAAUAAGCACAAUUAGUUUAAUUUUCUGAUAGACUCCAUCAAUGAAAUAUAUGAUACAUAUAGAUGCAAAAAAUUUAAUUUGUUUCAUAUGUAUUGAUGUUAUUCACAUAUACAGUUUGUUUAGUGUUGUUUAGAGCUGUGCGGUUAACAGAAAGACUCGGUCAAUCUGAUAAAUUUUUACAAGCAGAAGCUAGCUGGCACCAAACAUGCACAAAAGAACUGUUAUUUUUGGUUUUUCUUUUGUUAUGUGUGUUAAUUGCUCUGCAUGUGUCAG